CAGCGCCGAGCUCACUUCUCAGCCAAUCGCCGAGCGACACACUGCCCGCUGUGUCCGACACUGCCCGUCACAUGACCCUCAGCCAGUAGGCCAUAUUUGACAGUGAGCUGUCUAGUUUAGUGAGAGAGUGUGUGAGCUAGUGCCGAGCAAUUCGUGUUGUGCCCCGUGGUCGUGUAAAUACCUCAAAACAAAGUCAAAAUGGAAAACUCACCGAUCUACUCUCCCUUCUUCGGAGUGAUGGGCGCUGCGUCGGCCAUCGUUUUCAGCUCCCUAGGAGCUGCCUAUGGCACAGCAAAGUCCGGCACUGGUAUUGCUGCCAUGUCAGUAAUGAGACCAGAACUUAUUAUGAAGUGUAUCAUUCCUGUUGUCAUGGCGGGUAUCAUUGCCAUCUACGGGUUAGUCGUGGCAGUCCUGAUUGCUGGUGGCUUGAAUGAGCCUCCAAAUUACUCACUAUUCAAGGGCUUCCUUCAUUUGGGAGCUGGCCUCGCUGUAGGCUUCAGUGGUCUUGCUGCCGGCUUUGCCAUUGGUAUUGUUGGUGAUGCUGGUGUGCGAGGGACAGCCCAGCAGCCCCGUCUCUUCGUCGGUAUGAUCCUUAUCCUCAUUUUCGCUGAGGUCUUGGGUCUGUACGGUCUCAUUGUUGCCAUCUACCUCUACUCCAAAAAUUAAGAAACUUCAUGUGCCCUGGUCUUCUGUACUUCAAGAAAGAGAAGAAUACCCAGCCUUGGAUUUCUUCUUGUUUUUGAUUUAUCUUUCUUGUUUUGGGUCCCUCGCUUGUGAUAAGCUGGGAAAUUUGGCGGGCAGUGCCGAAAUGUGUCCCCAACUGGGCGAAACCCACCAUUCAUAAAAGUAUUCACAUUAGUCUUAGUUUAUUUUCUGAACAAAAGAAAGACAGAGUUCCGGAAGUAUUCAGCUCCAGGAUUUUUUUUCUUACAAAGGCUGAAUAUUGUAGCACAAUUAUUUUUAUUUUUUUAAAAUAUUUAAAAAAUAAUAGGUGGUUUUAAAACGGCUCACUGUACUUUUGAAGCGUAUAUUGUUUUGUACUAAAUUAUGCUUGCCCCAGCAACAGAAAAGAAAAUGUCUAGCUUGAAAGGUGUUGAUCGCUUGCUUCGCAGCAGACAUUGUGGAGGGCUAGUAUUAUUUGAUAUUACAAUUGUCUCAUAUCAUUCUGUCCCUUUCUCUCCUUCUUUCUCUGUUCUGUUAUAUACUGCUCCUGGGGAGUAGUUUGUUUGUCUUGUGUAAAUAUUAUUUUAAAAUUUGAAUUUUUAGUCGGGAGGGAAAGGGUUUCUUUCUCCCUUUCAAGCUACUCAUUUUGGUCGUUCUGUCAGCCAGGCCUACCACAAGGAGUUGAGUUCUCUUUUUGUAGGGUUUUCUGAAUCAGUCAUAACCAAUUAUUGACAAUGUCUACCAAUUAACUAUUGAUGUAGGUAGUACUUACCCCUGGUUGAUGUUAAAUAGUACAACAAUGUACCUUCUGCUUGAUUUGGUGUCAUCUAUCACUUAAAAAAUUAUUUUCAAGGCAGCUUGUAGAUUCUAUCAACAGUCAGUUUUGGACGCCUUUUAUUGGAUUUUAAAAUUUUGUCUGAAUAUAUAAGCCAUUUGGUAUUAACUGCUGUAUUAAAAUUUUAUGUGAGGUUUUAGUCUGUUGGUAGUUGUAGUAUUGUUACCAGUUAGUCAGGGGUGGGUACAGUGUUGUUUAAAGUGAAUACUAGAUGAUAAUUUGUACAUUCCAAUGAGUGUCUAUCAUUCUUCAAAUGCAAUUUAAGUCAGGAAGAUGAAAUAUGAGUAUAUAUGUAAACAUAUACUGUAUAAUACUUAAGUCACCCUUGGUAAUUUUAGUGGUUCAUCUGUCAUUGAUACAUCAUUUCACUGUUAGGUCAAAGUUAAAGGCGGCUGAGUGCUGCAUAUACUGCCCCUCGCUUGAACUGCACAACCCUAAUAAAUUGUAUAAAUGUAUCCCAUAUUGUAAUUAUUGGCAUUGCCUUUUGCUGGAUAUUUCCUUAAGUGAUCAUGUCUGUUAUCUUCCCCUAUAAAUGGGCUGCUAUGUAAAUGUGAAUCAAGGUUUCUUGACGAAGGAUUUUCUUGAUUUAAGCUAAAUAGAUUUUAUUUUGUCCUUUAAACUUUGUGCAAUAGAGCUGUGUUGUGAAAGCUAUUGUGUUUCUAAACACAUGGGGCUUAAAAAUUUUCCCAUUUAAUUACAUAACUGAAAUAAAUUUGCAAGGGUCUUGCGUUGUGAGGUCCAUGCUAUCAGUAGGUUUGGUUCCAAAUAUUUAGGCAUUUUAUUUUCCUGUGUUCAGUGUGAGUGGGAGUUUUGGGCAUCAGUCCUCUUGCUGUGUCACUUGUUUUAGAAAGUAUGUUGGCUUGUUGUAUGAUUUGUUUGAAAUUGUGUGUUAAGAGUUUACGAUUAUAGCAUUUCAGUGAGGGAAACCCUUUUCAACAGUUGAUCGUUUUUCCGGUGUAUAAAAUAGCAUGUCUGUUAUCUGUGUAUGAAUGAUAUUAAGAAGGAAAUAAAUGAAAUAGAACUGAA